GGGAUCGGUGGAGCCAUCGGAGGCAGCGACAACACCAACACCAACGAGUGCAGGAUGGUCGACAUGCAUGGGGUGAAAGUGGCUUCUUUCCUGAUGAAUGGUCAGGAACUGAUUUGCCUGCCGCAAGUCUUUGAUCUCUUCCUUAAGCACCUGGUAGGAGGGUUGCAUACAGUGUACACCAAGCUGAAGCGACUGGACAUAUCCCCUGUGGUAUGUACUGUCGAGCAGGUCCGGAUCCUCCGCGGACUGGGGGCCAUCCAGCCUGGGGUGAACCGCUGCAAACUCAUCACCAGAAAAGACUUCGAAACUUUGUUCACAGAUUGCACCAAUGCCAGUUCCAGGCCUGGCAGGCCUCCUAAGCGUUCUUUGGGAGUGUUUAAGGACAAUGCUCGCCUUAUGCCCCAUUCAGUCCCAGGCUUUUUAUCAGCAGGACUUAUCACUCCGACAGAAGAGGUAUCAUUUCAAAUUCCACUAAUCAAGUCACCCUUGGACAAGACCAAAUUGACUCCUGGACAGGCAUUACCUCUUGGAUUCCAGGGACCAUUCAUUUUUCCUGAUAGUCUGUCUUCUGUGGAGACUCUGUUGACCAACAUUCAGGGUCUACUGAAAGUGGCUUUGGAUAAUGCUCACUUCCAGGAGAAGCAGAUUCAACAGGAAAAAAAUGAACUGCAAAUGGAACUCUAUAGAGAGAGAGAAAUUAGAGAAAGCCUUGAAAGACAACUUGCAGUUGAACUUCAAAGCAGAACUACCAUGCAAAAGCGUCUGAAGAAGGAGAAAAAAGCCAAGAGAAAACUGCAGGAAGCCUUGGAAUUUGAAUCCAAGCGUCGGGUACAAGUGGAGCACGCACUUAAGCAAGCCACUGCUAGUGACAGUGGCUUGAGGAUGUUGAAAGAUUGCAUCAGUGUUGAUGGUUUAAGGAGGGCCUGUUUGAAAAAGAAUGCUGUAAGUACAUUCCUGGAGAUUCUGUGA